UACAAAGUGUAAGCAGCUUUAUCUUUACAGGAAGAACAUUUAGGAUUCUUAGAAGCACUUAGCUUUAACUUAAUCUUAGAUUACUGACAUGUAAAGCAAAGGAGAUGAGUUCAGCAAAGCAGAACAGUAUAUAAAAACCACUCUGAGAGCGGUAAUUCAUUGGAACAGGCUGCCCAGGGAAGUGGCAGAGUCACCGUCCCUGGAGGUGUUCGAGAACUGUGGAGAUGUGGCAUUGAGGGCCAUGGUCAGUGGGCAUGGUGGGGAUGGGUGGAUGGUUGGACUAGAUGAUCUUAGUGGUCUUUUCCAACCUUAAUGAUUCCAUAAAAAAAUGACAUCAUAAAACACUAUAUUAAUAAUGGAUUAACGCUCCAUUAAAAGUACUGAAGAUACCAUAAGCAUAGAGCAUUACAGCACAAAAGCAAUCUCGUUUUACCCACAGUAUUCCAGGAAACAAGUUUUCCUCUGGGAUGAGCUUUACAACAAGCAGAGAAGUACUGACAGCUAAGCUCUCCUCGUUCCACAGCUAAACCCUCGCCGCUCCAGAUCCCGGACGUAAAAAGCAGGCGCGAGGCUCACGGACGUCACAGGGCAUCAGCUGCUCCAUGUCCUUAAACCCCACUGUGCUGAGGUAUUUUCAACUGCCAAUUUAUCUCAGUAAUAGAAACCGUACCACGCGUAUGGCUAAGCUUCCUCUUCGCUUUCCACCGCCUUCAGAGCCCCUUGGACGAAAUCAAACUUACACUACCUUCGUAAUGUAAGCAGUGUAAGACUGGAAACAUCUGGGCUGGAUGGACUUUAGCAUCAAAAGAAGUUCUCAACUUUUAACUCGAAAAAUUAACUACUUAAAAAUGAAGCAAGUACCGGAGAUCCUUGGAAAUACCAAUGGGAAAACUCAGAAUUGUGAAGUGAAUCGUGAGUGUUCUGUCUACUUGGGCAAAGCACAACUUUCUGCCAGUCUGCAGGAAGGUGUCAUGCAAAAAUAUAAUGGCCACGACGCUCUUCCAUUCAUCCCAGCUGAUAAGUUGAAAGAUCUGACUUCUCGUGUGUUCAAUGGCGAGUCUGGGGCUCAGGAUGCCAAGCUGCGCUUUGAACCUCAGGAAAUAAAAGGAGUUGGAACACCACCAAACACUACUCCUAUCAAGAAUGGUUCUCCAGAAAUCAAGCUGAAAAUCACUAAAACCUACAUGAAUGGAAAACCUCUGUUUGAAUCUUCCAUUUGUGGAGACAAUGGUGCAGACGUGUCUCAAUCAGAGGAAAAUGAACAAAAAACAACAAACAAGGAGAGGAGAAACAGAAAAAGAAGCAUAAAAUAUGACUCCUUACUUGAGCAGGGUCUUGUUGAAGCAGCGCUGGUGUCAAAGACUUCAAGCUCCCCUGAAAAUAAGGCUGCUGCUAAGAGAGAUUCAACACAAGGUACCAUCAAAGAUGAUAAAGUCCAUCUGUUGAAGUAUAAUAUAGGAGAUCUAGUGUGGUCAAAAGUAUCAGGUUUUCCGUGGUGGCCAUGUAUGGUUUCUGCUGAUCCCAUUCUCCAUUCCUACACUAAACUAAAAGGACAGAAAAAGAGUUUUCGUCAAUAUCAUGUUCAGUUUUUUGGAGAUGCUCCAGAACGAGCCUGGAUAUUUGAGAAGAGCCUUGUGCCUUUCAAAGGAAAAGACCAGUUUGAACAGUUAUGCCAGGAAAGUGCAAAACAAGCCCUCACUAAAGCAGAGAAAAUAAAGAUGUUAAAGCCUGUUCCAGGGAAGCUGCGACCGCAGUGGGAGAUGGGUGUUAAGCAAGCAAGUGAAGCAGUAGGCAUGACAGUGGAAGAACGGAAGGCCAAAUACACCUUCAUCUACAUUAGGGACAGACCUCAUCUUAAUCCUCAAGUGGCAAAGGAAGUUGGCAUUGCUGUGGAGCUUUUAGAGGAGGAGGUAGAUGAGUCAUCUUACUCAAACGAAGAAACCACUGAAAAUCUGAAAUCAGUGAAGGAGUCGGGCAUUCCUAACAAGAGGAGGAGAAGGACAUCAAAAUUGUCUGCCACUGAUGAUACGCAAGAAAGCAGUCAGUUGGAGACUAAGAAUACUACUCCUCAAAAGUCAUCUGAACAGGCUGAAUCCAAAAGAGGGAUAGGCUCCCCUCUCGGUAGAAAGAAAACUCCAGCAUCUACUCCACGAAGCAGAAAGGGUGAUGCAGUAUCUCAGUUUUUGGUCUUUUGUCAGAAGCACAGAGAUGAGGUGGUUGCUGAACAUCCCGAUGCAUCAAGUGAGGAGAUUGAAGAGUUGCUUGAAUCGCAGUGGAACAUGCUUAGUGAAAAACAGAAAGCUCGCUAUAACACAAAGUUUGCCAUAGUGACCUCUCCCAAAUCUGAAGAAGACUCUGGUUCAUCAUUGAAGAAUAUUGGAGAGGCCAAACGUAAAGUGUUUCAAGACUCACCUAAAAGGAGAUCAAGAUCCAGAAGUAACUUACAUGGAAAUAAAAGAAACCAAAAAAAGAGGACAAAGGAACCUACAGAAGAUUUUGAAGUUCAGGAGGCACCUAGGAAAAGACUCAGGAUGGAUAAACAGAAUAAUCGGAAGAGGGAGACAAGCAAUGACAAAACAGCAAAAACAAACUCUGCUAAGGUCACAGAAACCUCCUCUUCACAAAAGAACCAGUCAGCAACGAAAAAUCUGUCUGAUGCAUGUAAACCUCUGAAGAAGCGAAAUCGGGCUUCAGCAGCAGAAUCUUCAACUCUUGCUUUUAGCAAAAGUUCAUCUCCUUCAGCUUCCUUAACUGAGAAUGAGAUCUUCGAUGGCCCAGGAGAUGAGCGCUCAGAGUCCCCCUAUGAAAGUGCUGAUGAAACUCAGACUGAAGUGUCUAUAUCAUCCAAAAAAUCUGAGCGAGGAACGGGAACAAAAAAAGAAUAUGUGUGUCAGCUAUGUGAAAAAACAGGUGAUCUCCUGCUGUGUGAAGGACUUUGCUAUCAAGCUUUUCACGUGAGCUGCCUUGGGCUCUCUGGAAGACCAGCAGGAAAAUUCAUUUGUAGUGAAUGCACAUCAGGUGUGCAUACCUGCUUUGUGUGUAAAGAGAGGAAGGCAGAUCUGAAGCGCUGUGUCGUAUCCCACUGUGGAAAAUUCUACCAUGAAGCCUGCGUGAAAAAAUUCCAUCUGACCGUGUUUGAGAACAGGGGUUUUCGAUGUCCUCUGCACAGCUGCCUCAGUUGUCAUGUUAGUAACCCCUCCCAUCCACGAAUUUCAAAAGGAAAGAUGAUGCGCUGUGUUCGCUGUCCUGUUGCAUACCAUGCUGGAGACGUGUGCAUUGCUGCGGGAUGUGCAGUCAUCGCUUCCAACAGCAUUGUUUGUACGAAUCAUUUCACUGCCAUGAAAGGAAAAAGUCAUCACGCGCAUGUCAAUGUGAGCUGGUGCUUUGUGUGUUCCAAAGGAGGAAGCUUGCUGUGCUGCGAGUCGUGUCCUGCAGCGUUUCACCCGGACUGUUUAAACAUCGAAAUGCCAGAUGGGAGCUGGUACUGCAAUGACUGCAGGGCAGGGAAGAAACUCCAUUUCCAGGAUAUCAUUUGGGUUAAACUGGGAAAUUACAGAUGGUGGCCUGCAGAAGUUUGCCAUCCGAAAAACGUUCCCCCAAAUAUCCAGAAAAUGAAGCAUGAAAUCGGAGAAUUUCCUGUAUUUUUCUUUGGUUCUAAGGAUUACUUUUGGACGCACCAAGCACGGGUGUUCCCCUAUAUGGAGGGAGACAGAGGGAGUAGAUACCGGGGGAUUAAAGGAAUUGGAAAAGUCUUCAAAAAUGCUUUGCAAGAAGCUGAAGCUCGAUUUCGAGAAAUAAAGCUACAGCGAGAAGCCAAAGAAACCCAAGAAAGUGAACGUAAACCUCCACCAUACAAGCAUAUUAAGGUGAAUAAACCUUGUGGUAAAGUGCAGAUAUAUACUGCUGACAUUUCUGAGAUUCCCAAGUGCAACUGCAAACCCACAGAUGAAAACCCUUGUGGCUUUGAUUCUGAGUGCCUCAAUCGGAUGUUGAUGUAUGAAUGUCAUCCACAAGUUUGUCCAGCAGGAGAACGAUGCCAAAACCAGUGCUUCACAAAACGUGAAUACCCUGAGACAGAGAUCAUCAAAACAGAUGGGAAAGGGUGGGGUUUGGUUGCAAAGAGGGACAUUAAAAAGGGAGAGUUCGUGAAUGAGUACGUUGGUGAGCUCAUUGAUGAAGAGGAAUGUAUGGCAAGAAUCAAAUAUGCACAUGAAAAUGACAUUACUCACUUCUAUAUGCUUACUAUUGAUAAGGACCGUAUUAUUGAUGCUGGCCCCAAAGGAAACUAUUCUCGUUUUAUGAAUCACAGCUGCCAACCAAAUUGUGAAACUCUAAAAUGGACGGUAAAUGGAGAUACUCGUGUUGGCCUGUUUGCUGUGUGUGAUAUUCCUGCAGGAACAGAGCUGACUUUCAAUUACAACCUUGACUGUCUGGGCAAUGAAAAAACAGUCUGCAAGUGUGGUGCCCCAAACUGCAGUGGAUUUCUUGGGGACAGACCAAAGAAUUCUUCCACUAAUGCCUCAGAAGAAAAAGGCAAAAAGACCAAAAAGAGAACACGGAGACGUAGAACAAAAAAUGAAGGGAAGAAAGAAUCUGAAGAUGAUUGUUUCCGUUGUGGUGAUGGAGGCCAGCUGGUAUUGUGCGACAGGAAAUCUUGUACUAAAGCCUAUCAUCUCUCCUGUCUUGGUUUGGUGAAACGUCCUUUUGGGAAGUGGGAGUGUCCUUGGCACCACUGUGAUGUUUGUGGCAAACCUUCUGUUUCAUUCUGCCACUUCUGCCCAAAUUCUUUUUGCAAGGAACACCAAGAUGGGACAGUACUAAAUUCUACAUUGAACGGACAGUUAUGCUGCUCUGAACAUGUUCUUGGGGUGGAUUCUGUUGAAACUCAGAAGACUGAGAAACCCCGCAAAAAACUGAACAAGUUGAAGCCUAAGAGAAAGGAGAGGAACAGAUGGAUGAGAGCCGAAUGCAAAUAGACAUGGACUGCAGUUACUGCUGCCAACACUAUCUUGUAGAUAAGUUGUGAAUAUUACCAGGGAAGGACACAAUUUUACAUAUAUUCUGUAAAGGUUACGUGGGGGGGAGAUUUUUUGUUUUGUUUUGUUUUUGUUUUGUUUUGUUUUAUAAAUCCACUGAGCCAACCACAGCAGUCUUCUGCUGCUUCUGCACUGAUAACGAACUACAUAGUUCAGAAAAUUUCAGGACAAACCAGACUUAUUACUCAGCAUUACAGUUACACUUGAAUUGUUACGAAUGUAUAAGGUUCCCUCCAAUAUUCUUUCAGGUUGGAGGUAGGUUAAUAUCAAACCAGGUAGGCGUAAACAUAGAUUUUGAGAUAGUAUUUGUCAACCAACAGAUGUUUAAAAUAGUAUAUCCUUGAAAGAAGAUAUUAGCUCUUGAGUCCUUUUAAGUGAGAAAUGGCUUGGUCUGUGGUCCCAGUGAGAUUUGCUUGCCUCGUGUGUUUUUGAGCAAGUGCUUGAAUGCCAUUCACGAUCCAGGUGCAUAUCCCGACAGUAACCACACACAUAACAAUCUGUUUGUGCUCUUAUAAAAUAACUCUCCAGUGAUUCUCAAAACAUAUUUUACAGCAUCUUCCCACUAAGAAAUGUGGUACAUGGUGGGAAAGGCACACCCCGUACCAGAGAUGGGAAAUCUUGCCCUGUAAGAGACUUUUUUCUAUACUGUUUUUUCCUGUAUUUCAUUCCAGCAAAACAGAAGUGAUUUGAUCUUGUAGAGCUGUACCGGUAUGGAUUUGAAGGGAUAUCGUCUUGCAAUCUAGGCCCAGUGCCCUAGGAUUUUUUUUUUUUGUUUUAAUAAGAAUAAAUAAUACCAAGCCUAUUUGAAGAAAAAAAAGUUUCUUUUCUCAAUGCCAAGUACAAUGCAGAGGCAAACAUUUCUUUGGAAUGCUUGGAUUCCAGGCAUUGCAACUUCGCGGCAAUGCAAAAAAUGCCCAACAAGGAACAAAAAAGAAAACCAUGGAUGAAACAAUGGAACAGAAGUUGAAGCUUGACUAGCUGCCCAAGUGCUAAAACUGAUUUGUCCAAACAACUAAUUAAAAGUGAAGGCAAUUUUUGAAAAAAGCAUAUGAGGAACAAUUUUAACGUGAAAUUUAGCCCGACUCAGCUCCUUUUUACACGAUUUAUGUAGAACUGGCUACUUGACUUGGCAGACUGCUCGAAAUCAUUCUUGAGUUCUUUUAGGAGUUGUGCUCUUGACUAGCUGAUGACCACUGUAUUGUGCCAACAAAGCUGUUUUGACUUCUUUGCUCCCGUGGGGUUCCUACUCUUGCAGUGAGAUAAAUACACAAGAUCUAGUUUUAAUGGAAAUAAUAUUAGAACUAGGAAAAAAUGGUAGAGAAAAAUGUCUUUACCUGUUUCUUCCCAGUGCGUGUCAUUGGUGUGUGGCUGAUUAGGCAGUGUUAUAAGUUUUGACUUGUGCCAUGUUAUCCAGCCUAUGUGAAGAGAAUGUGUGCCUUCAUGUCCAUUGAAGAAUUUGUGCAUGUUCUAGCUUAGUUUGCCUUUGAUAGUGCAGAAAAUCUGUGUAGCCAUUUUGAAAUUGAAGCCUUGCUAUAUCCUAAAAUGUAUGUUUCUUUCCAAACGUUUUUUUCUUGAGAAUUUGAUUACAGAUUUAGUUUUUGGAAUUAUUGAAAUCCCCAUUUAUUCCCAACACUUAAAACUUUGGAGUUAUUAGGAGUUAUUAACUGAAACAGAUUUUAAAUGUAGCCUUGCCCUUGUCCUGAACUCUUUGAUUUCUAUUUUGUAAGCAAACGAAUGCUUUUUGCUUUUAAUCCAUUGUGUAAACACUGUUGGAAAGUGUUGGGUUUUUUUCCCCAGAAUAAUUAUGGAAAAAAUAGCUCAGUUCAAAAUGGGGGGAAAGUGUUACGUGUUUGUGUUUUUAAACUGGUAUGCCAAGCCUUGCACUCAAGGAAACAAUGAAGGUUUCUUAGUUGAGUUGGAGGGAAAUUUUCCCUCUUCUAUAGAUAUUUGUUAUACCAGGACUGAAGCAUAGGCCUGUGCCUAAAAUGAAAACCAAAAAAAUGUGUUAUGUACAUUUCUAUCACUUCUUCAGGAAAGUGAGAUCAGGUAGUAAAGUAGAAAGAUUAUCCUCAUCACUUUGAAACAAAAUGAAGGAAUUUUAUGUCAUUGGGACCAUUAUUUGUUUGAAUACUAUACCAUGUAAGGAAGACUUUAUAAGAAUACCUUUAAAUAAGUUAUUAUAAAAUCUUACCUUUACAUUCCACUGUUUUGAUGAUUUGUUAAAUUUGUAGUUGUUUCAUUGCUUUUUCUCUUCGUACAAAGACUCUGGCACCCCGGAACAGUUAUUCCCGAUGCCCUAAUAGGCAGAUUCCCCUUUCCAGAAACCACCAGCUCCAAUAGUUACUGUCACUGUUGCAGAAACACCAUUGGUUUUGAGAUCGGUUGUGGAGCCUACAACUCCCUGCCUUCCUCACAGGUGGGGCCACAAGCACAUUUAGUAUGGCAGGAUGCAGGACAGCCACCCCUUUUGUAUCUGUCUGUGGGUAAAUAAAGACUUCAGUGUUCAAAGCAAUCCCUCUCAGCACUCUUUUCAUACCGUUGAAUUGACACAAACAGAUGGUAGCGAGUGGCUGUUUGACUUUCUGCUUCCUUCUACCUCUUCUCUGCUCUUUGCUACUCAGCUGCUUGGCCAAUGGAAGCUUGCAUCACAGACAAAAAGACUGCAAACUAGAAGUUUGCUUUUGAGUUGCUAGGGAAUCGUUUCUUAUGCUGAUUACACGCUUUGGAGAUUGAUCCUUACAAGAAGCGUGGACUGUGUUCUUCCUUACACAUGUACUGACCCCAUGAGCCUCCCCUCACUCAGAAGGUGACCUGAUAAAAGUUUUGCUUCCUGUUCAGAAAAGGUGGUUUUUAAUGAAGACUCCUCUACCUUACUCUGCGGCACUGGGAAAAGAGACUGAAGUACUGUUUUUAAAAGACAACAAAAUAAGUUUUUUUCACUAUUGCUUCUCCCACUGUUCAAAUACAAGGGAAAACAACCCUGGAAAAAUUGAGCUUUCUCAUGAUGCAACUCAAUACUUCUUAGCAACUGAAUAGCAUCUGAGUAUGGCAUAUUAUGUGACAUUAAAUUAUGUACUUAGCAUCUUGCCCACUGUAUUAGAAAUAUGUAUUUCCUUUUCCAGCAAACUCGUCAAAGCUGGUACUUGAUAGGUAAAUCCAGAAUUUGUUGUUCCUUUAUCACGUGAGCAAGCAUAGAAACCAUUUUCAGUUGAAUAUGUUAGAAGAAUUUGCUUACGAUCUAGGAAGAAUAAUCAAAUUAAAUGUCUGUUUUGUCCUGUAGCUUUGUGUUUAUGGUCAGUUUUUGGGGGGCUCUUUUGUUUGAAUUUAUUUUGAAAAGCAAAAUACCUUGAAAGAUUAUUAAUGCGAUUUUUCCACAGUGUAGAAUCACAUUCCAUGUCUGACUGUUUGAGAACCUUCAGUGUCUUAUUAAAUAUUAAAAUUUA